AGGAGUGGAAGGAAGGGAGGGAGUAUUCAAACGCUUCAUUGACUGUAAAAGAAGGAAAGUACUGCAAAUAUGUUAGUCUAAAUUUGGGUUCCCGUUAUGACCUCUACUACUACUACUACUACUACUACUACUACUACUACUACUACUACUACUACUACUUCUACCACCAAUACAACAACCACUCGAUUUUUACAUCAUCAACAUUAAGGAACGAGACCUAGAACAACGAUUACCGCAACAAAAACCAACUAUUCCUAUUGGUAGUUGUGGUUUUAUGAAAGUGUGACGGGAACCACUACUGUUAGCAUUUGCAUCGAUACCACCACCACCACCACCAUUAACAAUAACAACAUCAGCGGCAUUACGAUAACCAGAUGCAUCGUUAAUCGAACCACAAUCUAAGCUGCUGAGUUGAAGUGUAAAUAGGACCUACUACUACUAUUACUACUACUACUACUACUACUACGAUCAGCAACAAGUACCAUCACCACCAACCGUCGCCAGCAUCCGUAACUACCACCAUCAGCCCUAACCACCAUCACCCAACCGCCAACACCACCACAACCGCCGCCAUGAACAAAUCCAAGGCCAUCGUUAUUUCCACCAAUGCCAAGACGGAAGAUCGAUCAUGUCUGGGAACGUGCAGGUCCAUCUGGCGGGCGCUGCUGCUGGGCCAGGUGGCGUCGCUGCUGCUAUGUGUGACCGGCGCCUGCUGCCACCUGCUAACCAACUCCUACCACCUCAAGCUGCCGGCAGCCGUGAGCUUCAUCAACUACGUGCUGCUGUGCCUCGUCUACACCACGUGGCUGGCCUGCCGCUCCGGCGAGGGCUCCCUGCUGCGCGUGGUGCGCACCAAGGGCCUCAAGUACUUCGUGUUGGCCGCCGUGGACGUGGAGGCCAACUACCUGGUGCUGCGCGCCUACCAGUUCACCUCCGUCACCUCUGUGCAGCUGCUGGACUGCUUCGUGGUGCCGGUGGUGCUGGCGCUGAGCUGGCUGUUCCUGAAGGUGCGCUACAAGCUGGUGCAUGUGCUGGGCGUGGGCCUGUGCCUACUCGGGGUGGGCUGCCUCGUCUGGGCCAACGUGGAUGACGGAAAGGCCCCCAUCCCAGGUGCUGACCGGCUGCUGGGGGACAUGCUGUGUCUGGGGGGCGCCACGCUGUACGGAAUCAGCAACGUGGCGCAGGAGUACGUGGUGAAGACCUAUGAUAGCGUGGAGUUCCUGGGCAUGAUGGGACUCUUCGGCUCCAUCAUCAACGGCGUACAACUAGCCGUCCUGGAGCGCAACGACGUGGGCUCCGUGCGGUGGGACACGUGGCCGGUGCUGGCGCUGGUGGGCGGCUUCAGCGCGGCGCAGUUCCUCUUCUACGUGGUGGCGCCCGCGGUGAUCCGGGUGACUUCGGCGACGGCCCUCAACCUGGCGCUCUUCACGGCCGACUUCUACAUCCUCAUCACCGGUAUCGCCCUCUUCAGGUUCAAGUUCCACCCGCUGUACUUCCUCUCCUACAUCCUGGUGGUCACGGGCGUCAUCGUCUUCGUCAUCAAGCCCACGCCCAUCGCCUCCACCAACCGCGGCUACUACAGGGAAAUCUCGGUGGGUCGGUCGAGUAGCGGCAACGAGGUGGAGCUGACCACCACGCCGGGCACCGCCACCAGCAGCAUGGGCGGCGGGGGCUCCUUCACCGAGUGGCCGCCGCUGCCGCCGGAGGUGCGGGGCUGCCCUGACUACCCCUACCCCCACUCCCACUCCACGGAGUUCAGGCAAGGUUCCAAGACGGCGGCGCCGCCUCCGGUCCCUACAGACUACCCCAGCACCCCGCCCUCACCGCCCCAGCAGUUCAGGUCACUGCCCCGCCCCGCCCGUCGGGAGCAAUACCCUGUGGGCGGCGGCGGGGCAGGUGGGGGCGGUCAGCGGUCGGCCACUCUCCACCGCCCCGCGCGGGUACGUUUCCAGCUUGACUCUAUCGAGCCAACGGUGCCUCAUCCUCUACCCACGAGCUGGGAGAUGUGAGGUGUUGAGGGACCCAUGCUGAGGCCCGCCGGCUGGUGCUGAGGACACCCUGCCCGCCGCCCGCCCCGAGCUGAGUGCAGCAAGCCAAGGCGACGGGGCUGUAGACUGUAGGCGGCCACUCGACACUUGUUGUGCAGCUGCCGCGUGUAUAUUGUCUUAGUCUUCCCCUACUGUCUCCAAGGUGCAGCUGAGGGCUCUUCCAGCAGUAUUACUCCCCCUUGUAGCCACCGGCCGCUUUACCGAUAGUGUUCACGGCGUCUAGAGGCCGCACUCCCCCUCUCUAGAGUUGUUAUUAGUCACGCCAGGUUGUCGCGUUUACCGAAGUCGGCCCCGCAAGGCUGGCGUUUUCCUCUGACUCGACGCUUCAGGGCGGUGGAAGGGAAGCUGAAGGAGAGUGUGAAGGAAACGGAAGGAAGGGUUUUGGGAGUGUUUUAUGCAGAGUGUACCAAGUUGUGGCGGUGAAGUUCCUCAGGUCGGCAUGAAAAGAGAAGGAAAAACGGAAAAGAUAACAGAAAGACAGAAGGAAAGACGGAAAAGAUAAGAAAAGACGAGAUAAGAUAAAAUAAGAAAAGACAGAAGGAAAGACGGAAAAGAUAAGAAAAGACAAGAUAAGAUAAAAUAAGAAAAGACAGAAGGAAAGACGGAAAAGAUAAGGACAGACAGAAAGAGGGUGAUGUGUGUCUCCACCGUUACCAACUCAAGUCAGAUCACGCCACCAGGAUGCUCAAUGACAGUGAACGCGAGGAGGAGGAGGA